AUGGCGACUGCGAUAGAUCAAGCGCCUGGCGAUGGCAAUCUGGCCACCGGCGCAUCCCAUCCAGGCAGUUCUGAGACACAGACCGCAGCUACCGAAGUGUUUGAGACACCACGCACAUCCUUCGAUCAUGAUCCCAACGAUAGCAAUCAUGCGCGGCACGAAACUGCAUCAUUUACCGUCUCCCCGAGUUCGAUAACAUCGCCACCAUACUGGUUGAACACCCGCGCCGGCCAUCAACGAACCAUAUCGAAUAUGUCGACCGAAUCCGUUCUUCCUGCUGGUGCUAUAACCCUACGUGACAACGAAGCGAGCGAAUUCGAUGACCGCAACAGCGCCUGCUGGGCCAAGAGUGUUGAGAUUGUCAGUUAUACCAUUGUCAACGGCAGUGCAACAAAUAUCGGGGCCUUUGUGGUGUGGAAUAUCCGUGUCGAGGCUCUCAAUGGGAGUUACAUGAAUAUUCGUAAACGGUAUUCGGAGUUUGACGACUUUCGAUAUCGGUUGGUUCAGACUUUCCCCGGAUUCGAGGCAGCUGUUCCGGCACUUCCGCCCAAGAGUGUCAUCUCCAAGUUUCGACCCAGAUUUCUUGAGAAAAGGCGGGCAGGCCUACAAUACUUUCUGAACUUAACAUACAUGUGGAGUUCAGUAUGGCUUAGAGGAUAUGCUGUUACGCAUCAGCCAAUGACCACGAGUCUAGAUCAUAUCGUAGUAAAGGACCAUGUUUAUAAGAGCCACAAGAUCCAGCUCCGAACUAAAGAGAUUUGA